GCGCGGGGGACGCUGACGCUGGAACAAAGAUGGCGGCCCGCGGCGCUGGGGCCGUGCUGGGGCUGCUGCUGCUGCUGCUCCGCGCGGGCCCGGCCCGCGCCCGCGUCCAUCACCUCACCCUCAAAGUAAGGAUGAUGUGAGGCAGAAAGUGCACCUGAAUACCUUUGGCUUCUUCAAGGAUGGUUUCAUGAGAGUGAAUGUCAGCAGCCUUUCCUUGAAGCCAGAACCAAGCCCUGAUGACAUGGACAGUUUAUCAGUGGGAUUCAGCUUGGAUCGAACAAGGAAUGAUGGUUUCUCCACUUACCUGGAUGAAGAAGUGGAUUACUGUAUCUUGAAGAAAACUCCAGAGCCAGAUGUCUCUGUUGUAAUCUUGCUUCUGGACAUCCGAAAUGAAGUUGUGAAAGUACGGUUCUCUUCAGAAGCUGCUUCUUUGUUACCUAAAAUUUUAUUUGUAUCUGAGGAAAAUGGUACUGCCUUAAAUACCAAGCUCCUAAAAACUUCUGAACUGAGCAGUGAUUCUGAUAAAAAUCCUCCAAAGACCAAUGAAAAUACAGAUGACAAAGAUAAGAAGUCCAAACGAAGUACAACAUCCUCCCAGAGCAUGGUAGAACAAGAACAUCCUGUACGCCGUGUCAAAAAAACUUUUUCGUUUCAGUUCUUUUUUAACAUCAGCUCGGAUAAACAAGAGGGUCUCUACAGCCUGUAUUUCCAUAAGUGUGUUGGCAAGAAAGGGCCAGCUAAUGAUCAGCUGCUGUUUAGUCUUGAUAUAGAUAUUACGGAAAAGAAUCCUGAAAGCUACCUCUCAGCAGGUGAAAUCCCUCUGCCAAAACUUUACAUUUCCAUGGCUCUCUUCUUUUUCCUGUCUGGGACUGUAUGGAUCCACAUACUUCGUAAACGCAGAAAUGAUGUCUUUAAGAUCCACUGGCUCAUGGCAGCCCUUCCUUUCACCAAAUCCUUGUCUUUAGUCUUCCACGCGAUCGACUAUCACUACAUCUCUUCUCAGGGAUUCCCCAUCGAAGGCUGGGCUGUUGUUUAUUACAUCACUCACCUACUGAAGGGAGCUCUUCUGUUCAUCACUAUUGCCCUCAUUGGCACAGGCUGGGCUUUCAUUAAACACAUCCUGUCAGAUAAAGAUAAAAAAAUUUUCAUGAUUGUCAUCCCACUUCAGGUACUGGCAAACGUGGCCUACAUUAUCAUAGAGUCAACAGAGGAGGGGACAACUGAGUAUGGACUGUGGAAAGAAAUCCUUUUCCUGGUGGACUUGCUGUGCUGUGGAGCCAUCCUGUUCCCAGUGGUAUGGUCGAUAAGACAUUUGCAAGAGGCUUCAGCAACAGAUGGGAAAGCUGCCAUUAACCUAGCAAAGCUGAAGCUCUUCAGACAUUACUAUGUCAUGAUUGUGUGUUACAUUUACUUCACACGGAUCAUUGCAAUUCUCAUAAAGAUUGCUGUUCCAUUCCAGUGGAAAUGGCUGUACCAGCUGCUGGAUGAAAUGGCCACGCUGGUGUUCUUUGUCCUCACUGGGUACAAGUUCCGUCCAGCAUCAGACAACCCUUACCUACAGCUCUCUCAAGAUGAUGAGGAUGACUUGGAGAUGGAAGCUGUGGUGACGACUUCAGGAGUAAUGGAGGGCAUGAAGAAGGUCAAGAAAGUGGUGAAUGGUUCAGCAGAGCCUCAGGGCGAAUGGGAAAGCACAGCGUGAUGGACUGGACUAAGGCAGCACUUUCAGAGAAACUUUUUUAAUUUAUUAAUAUUACUCUCAGUGGAAAGGGAGCAACUUGCACUCCCCACCACUGAAACUGCAGAGUGGGGUGUGUCUAGGGAGAGCAAAGCAGUGCAGAAAUAUAACUAUUCCUUUGAUCAUAAGAAAAUGGGAUCUCCUGGUACCUGCAAGGAGCGUGAAGCUUUCCUAGGGAUUUUGGGUAGCUUUUUUUCCCCCCUUUUCUGGAUUGGUUCUUUAUUCUGAAUUGUUGUGUUCCUCAGAAUGUGUAAUACUAAUGUGAAGAGGGAUCUUCAGUGUGUAUGUAAAGAAUAUAUUUUAUAUAAUGCUCAUAUAUAUAUACACACACACACACUUGCUUUGUAACAUGAAUGCUGGGACUUGGAAAGCCUGUCAGAAGGUGGGAAAAGAAGAUAAAGACAUGUAAGUAUUUUUUUUUCCUUUUUAUAAACUCUCCUUUUGGCUUGGAUGGAACAUUGCAAAACAAAUGGAUAGGAACAACUGCAGUUAUUUGAGAGACUGAACGGGUAUUGGAUCAGAUGACUUCUGCCACUGCUCAUGCAAGUGUGAAAGGUGAUAAGUAUCUUGUCUUAUCCCUGCAGGUGUCCACCUGAAUGUGUCAGGUUUUUAGAUGUGUUGCUAUACAGGAAAUGAGUGACUAUUCUCCAUUAAAGCACUAAGCCCAUAGUGCAAUAAGUAUUUAUGUACGUUGUCCACUGUCCCUGGAGUUGCUCUUGACUCACCCCUACCUGACAAGAAGUACAGAAGAGGUGUAAGACUGAUGCUUGCUUUUUAGGGGUCUGCCUAAAUGUUUACUUUCAAGCUGUGACCCAGAGCACAUUGGUUUGCUUCAUAAAAUAUUUUCAAGGUAUUUCAAAAGUCACUCCUUUCUGGCACAGUAUAAACAGUACCAGACUCUCCAGUGGAAAUCUGUCUAGCCAUUUUACUGCAGCAUAAAUCUCUGGUUCACAGUUACCCUGAGUUACUGGGCCUCUCUGGCUGGCUACUUGUACCUCUCUGGCUGUGUAGGAUUAAUAACACUGCUGUUUGAGGUGAGCUGAACUGGUCAAAGUAGUAUUGCCACCAAAAACAGUAACUCCCAGUCCUUUUUUUUUUUUUUCUUUUUUUGUCAGGAGAGUAGAAGAUUAUGACCAGAACCUUGAUGCAGGGGAAUAUGGAAUCCUUGACUGUUAGCUGCAGAUUUGCAGUGGAGUCUUUACAGACACAUUCCAAAAUGCCACAUGUGUUUUCGCUGUAGUCCCUGGGGUUGUCAGUAGGGCAGUUGUCCAAAGCUGUAGUAGUGAAAAUGGGUGCUCAUCUGGGGGAGGAUGGAAGUGGCUCAGUGGUGGAAUGAGGAUUAGCUUUAACAAAAAUAAAUCAUCUGUAAGUCACUGA